CGCGCGCCGCAGCCCGGGAAGCGUUUUCCUCCCCAUUUGCCGUGCAUAACUCAUCUCCCCAAACCCAGCCCCGCUGUUCUCGAGCAGGCAGCCAGUGUGGAAGAAUGGCAGUGAGCCACUCAGUCAAGGAGCGGACCAUCUCUGAGAACAGCCUGAUCGUCCUACUGCAAGGCCUCCAGGGCCACAUAACCACCGUGGACCUACGGAAUGAGAGCGUGGCUCAUGGACGUAUAGACAACGUUGAUGCUUUCAUGAACAUUCGUCUGGCUGAAGUCACCUACACAGACCGUUGGGGGCAUCAGGUCAAGCUGGACGACCUGUUUGUUACAGGUCGUAAUGUCCGUUAUGUUCACAUCCCAGAUGAUGUGAACAUCACCGCGACCAUCGAGCAGCAGCUGCAGCUCAUCCAUCGGGUGCGCAACUUUGGGGGCAAGGGUGAGGGCCAAGGCCGGCGGGAAUUUCCCUCCAAAAACCAAAAGUGAGGCUGUGCCCUCAGCAAGCUCUGGCCUCAACUCAGUUUCCUUCAAUGUGUGAGCCAGCUCCCUGCCAUCCCUCCCUGCCCAGAACCUGAGAAAGGGCAGGGCCAGUCCAGAAACUGGUGUCCGACAGAUACCACCUAUUAUAGCUGCCUUUCUCAGGGUUCCUAGAGUCACCCUGGGACCCAGAAUCCUAUCUGUCUGUGGCCUUGGGUAGGUGACAGUGCCCCUUUUGGAGCAUUUGCAUUAUAAUUUCUGAUUUACUGACUUAGGGAAUCUGUCAAAUAGUUUUCAAUUCUCUUCGAGUGAGAAUUAUUACAUGUGCUCAGCCUGAGUUGCCCCUAAGUAUACCCUUUUCCCUGGCAAUUGUGUUCAUUUUCUAAUAAAGCCAAACUUGGGUA